UGUUCUGCCAGCUCCUUGUUGCCGCUUAACAAGGCUUGUACAAAACCCUCUCACUGAAAAUCUGAUUCAAACCUCCGAGCUCUGAAGUUAUUUCUCUUGCCGCGCCGCACGUCAGCAUCCCUUAGAGCCGAAAUAGCUAUUCUCAGCGCAGGUCACAAGGACGUAUAGGAGCUAGUUGUGUUUUGUAGAAAGCAUGGCCAAGCAUCAUCCUGAUUUGAUUAUGUGUAGGAAGCAGCCAGGUAUUGCUAUUGGAAGGCUUUGCGAGAAGUGUGAUGGGAAGUGUGUGAUUUGUGACUCAUAUGUGCGUCCUUGCACACUUGUGCGAGUUUGUGAUGAAUGCAACUAUGGUUCCUUUCAGGGUCGAUGUGUUAUCUGUGGAGGAGUGGGAAUCUCUGAUGCCUACUACUGCAAAGAGUGCACGCAGCAAGAGAAAGACAGAGAUGGCUGUCCUAAAAUUGUCAAUUUGGGGAGUGCCAAAACAGAUCUGUUUUACGAGCGUAAGAAAUAUGGUUUUAAGAAACGAUGAUGAUUGUAUGUAAUGGUUUCUGCUGCAAGUGCUGUUUAUCUGCCCUAAUGUACAAUAAUCGGUGAUAACAGAUUUCUAAAUGUCCCAGUUUGGAACUAUGUUUUAGGUGCGAGUUUGUAAUUUUGUAUUGCAGACAAUUGUUUUAACUCCCAAGUCCCAAGUUUGCUAUUAUAGGAGUGACAAAUCUUAGAACUCUAUUGAUUAUGGAAACACUUACUUCUAUUCUAAUGGGUUUGGACUGUAUUUGAACCAUCUCAGUAGUUCUUAAACAUAAA